AUGCUCGACAAGGAUGUUGCCUUCAAAUUGUCGGACAAUCAGAUAACCGAAAGCUCCAUCAAACACGCUUUUCUUCUUCCGCCAGAUGCGAUUGUGAAGUUGUCGUAUCAAGAAAAUGGUCAACAGAUUGAUUGCCGGGUGAAUGAAGUGAAUGAAGCGACGUUUUUGCUUCCCGAUGGCUGGUCUUCUAUGCAGUUUCAUGUCGAAUCGGAUCAAGCACCUUCAAGACCGUCUACUCCUGCUGAUCAAGCACAAUUUUUGGACUACAAACGGGAUCCUGAAUCGCCCUACGUUAUUGAUGAGAAACUGGCGAGCGAACUUUGCAACCGGCUCUUCUUUGCUCCUCGAGGACAACAAGCUCUACGAGGUCCUGACGAGGAAACUUUUGCUGUAAAAGAUGGUGUCAUUGACGGUGGUUGCGUUUCCCCAAUUUCACCGAGAGCUGCUGUGACAUUCGCACACAAAUCGCAUACAUUUCUUCGCGAGUAUGCCGAAGGACAAGAUGAUGAAAGAAACCAACACAGCCUUGUGGAAAUAAGAAAUUGCCAAAAUCAAAAUAUUCGACACAUCAUGAAGGUCAUUGUCGUCGACGCUCACCAUGACUUUGUAUUGCUUUUCUCAUUGGACGGAACCACGAUUUUCGAGGAUUAUCCGCAUGCACUGCACGCUUCUUCUAAUCCAGCCGAUACGUGGAUUUCUCCUGGAGAACUUAUCUGGGGAGCCUAUCAAAAGUAUCUCGUGCAGCAUGGCUUUUUUCAACCUCGAGGAGAAAGGGAGUUAGGUGGAUCGAAAUCAAAACGUCCUCGCCUCGAGCCAUCGCCAAAG